AUGGCUGGAAGACCUGAGAACCCGACAUUGACGCCGUCGCAAGUGAACGAUGAGGAUGUUAGGAAGUCUGUACCAAUCCGGAAGAAACCAACACAGGAGAAAGGGAUCAAGAUAUAUCCUUUUACAAUCGACAAGCUGUGCGAGGAAAACGCAAGGUACUGGUUUCAUGUGAUGGAGAACCAGUUGAAAGCCCAGUUCUCUUGGGAGGCGAUUGAGUACUACCAUGAGGUAGGAAGGAAGGAAUUCAGCACUAUUCUGAGGGAGGAUGUUGAGUGGUUCAAAAUCAACCUGAAGGCAGACAUGAUUAUUGAGCAAGGCCUUCAACCAGUGACCAUACUCGAUAUCAAGGACCUAGACAAUGCUGGAUUGAAAUGGGAUCGCCUUAAGGAGAUCUUCUUGAAGUCAUCCAAUGCCAAAAAGGCCAUGAAAUUGAUGAAGAUGGCCAAUUGGACAUGGGAUUCCACAAGGAUGAACGAGAAGGAAGCAUACCGAGAAAUAAAACAACUGGGAAAGGAAUUUGUUGACAUGAACGGUGGUAAUAAGAUCACCAUUGAGGAGCUGGUCGUGCUUUGGUAUCUCCGUGGCUUGGGAGAUAAAUAUGCGACUUUGAGAGAUACUGUGAUGAGCUCGAAUGUGACACUAGAUGAAGAUUAUAUCCUCAAUCGAAUUGAUGAUAUGAUGCACAUGAAGAGUGGGUCAACUGAGAAGGGAUCACGGGUCUCCAAUCAUGGCAACAAGAAGAAAAAGGGGUCCAAAUGCUAUGUGUGCGGCCGGGCCGGACAUUUCGCGAGGGAAUGUCAGAGCAAGCAUGAGGACAGUGAAAGUGAUAUAGAAUGGGAUCAACAAAAGCCCAAAGGUCGACGAGAAGGUCGGCAAGAACAUCGGCGAGGAGGUCGACAAGAAAGUCGGCGAGAAGGUCGACAAGGCAAAUCAUCAAAGCAGAAGGGUCGACUUGCUGGAGAGCAAGACGAUGAUUCUUCCCAAGAGGAAUUGUGCGAGUUCAGUUCAUAUGCAGCUGAGAGGUCAGAACUGGGUCGUUUCACGAGUGAAAAGGGAAGCCAGGCAAAUGGCAGCUGUCCAUCAGUAUGGUGUUUUGACAGUGGAGCAACAAGCAUGUCAACAGGCAAUAGGGACAUUUUUGAGAAAUUGGACAUGAAAAGCCGAGGAACACUGACUAUUGCAAGUGGAGUUCAAAUGCCAAUUUUGGGCAGGGGAACAGUCAAAUUUAACCUGCCAAAUGGCUCUGCAACUGUCCGAUUAAGCAAUGUCAUAUAUGUACCUGGGUUGACAGAGAAUCUUCUAUCUUUGGAAGCUCUCCAUGUUGCUGGAUUUGAAUCAAGGGGUUCAAUUCGAGGAUACACACUACUGAAGGAUGGGAAGAUAGUUGCUAGAGGACGGCGAAUUGGAAAAUCGACCUACCUAGAUACGGUAUCAUACACGAAUGCUCUGUAUGUGAAGCCAGAGCAAGCAAGGAAGUGUGUGGAAUUAAAUGCAAAGCCUGAUGAGAGGACAAUAUUGCAGCUGCUUAGCAGGCGAGCUGUUAGGGCUGAUGAUGAAACUGAACAACGCCGUGAGAUCAUCCAUCAACGAUUGGGACAUCCUGGAAGGAAGCGCUUUAAUUGGUGUGUUGAAACCAUGGAUAUGGAUGAAUUGAAAGUGCGCAAACGAGAUAAACUGCUGGAUGAUGAUUGCGAGAUAUGUGUCAAGGCGAAGCAGGUGAAGAGUCAGAGUCAUCUCCCAGUCCCUAGAGCAAGGAGACCGCUCCAACGAGUGUAUAUGGAUUAUUGGGGUCCAUAUGUUGGAGGCGUAGGAGAAGAGAGAUACUACCUGUCGCUGAUUGACGAUUGCACGAGGUAUUCAUGGGUCUUUAUCAAGAAGGACCGGACGUCUAGCUCAGUACAGAAUACACUGGAGCUAUGGCUGCGCCAGGCUGAGCGAGAGACUGGCAAAAUGUUAUUGGUCAUAAGGACUGACAAUGCAAAGGAGUUCCUAGCCCUGGAACCAUGGGCCCAGUUGAAGGGCAUCCAAUUGGAGUUCACUGAGCCUUAUACCCCUCCGCAAAAUGGAGUUGCGGAGCGAUUCAAUCGGUUUAUCCUUGAAGUCACCAGGGCAUUGCUGUUCAAUUCUGGAAUCAGCAAGAGGUACUGGAAGUACGCGGUAGUUACAGCUAAUUACCUGCGGAAUCGGACAACAGGAGCUAAGGGUAGUGGUGGUAAGACGCCAUAUGAGCUAUGGCAUGGGUAUGAGCCAGACCUAACCCAUCUGCGAAUUUGGGGAUGCCGGGUACUCUAUCACCAGAGAUCGAAUGAUAAGCUUGAGAGCAGGGUGAUGGAAGGAACUUUCCUUCUGUAUGGGAAGAGCGACAAACAAUAUGCUGUAUUGCCAAAGGGCGCUGAUGAAAUUCGAUUGGUCACCAAUCCAAAAUUCCGGGAACGGGAACCUGGAUAUUUGACAAUGGAUAAGGAUUCUAGUGCAUUUGAGGCACCAAUGAUGGAACCAGCAACCAAUGUGAAUGAUGCGCCAAGGCCAACACCAAUGGCUAUUGAUGUGGAAAGUCAGCAGAGAGAUGCUGCACCAUUGGGUGGAAAGGAGGCAAGUGAUCAGCAAGGUGUCGCAAAUGGUCAGUCAAGGGAGACCAAUGAAUCCACACCGGAGGUGGAUGGAUCACCGCUGAAAUCUGCAAGCAAGGUAGAUAAUGCGGGUAAUGAAGCUGAUACUCAGUGGGAAGAACAACGUGAGGUUGAUGCCCCGCUGGGAGAAGGACAUCAGAAGAAAGUUUUACUUGAAGGGGAGAAAAGACAAGAAAAUCUCCCACAGAGUGACACUGGUGCAAUUGAUGAGCAUCAGGUAGAGAGACGACAUUCAGGUCGUACACGCCAGCCAUCAAGUACAUUGAUGGAGAGUCGCCAAACUGAGAAGAUUUAUGGUCGCAAGCGCAAAGCUGAAGGGGAGGACACUGGGAAUAGUGAUCGUCCAGCUCAGCGCUUGCGAGCACAUUUGGCGAGACUUGCAGUAGCUACUGAGCUACUGAUUGGAGAUCGAGAAUAUGAGGCUACAGAAGGAGCACGUGCUGCACGUGAGAAAGCUGGAAUCCGCAUACCGAAAUCAUACAAUGAAGCCGUUAACGAUCCGAUAUAUGGCUCAAAGUGGAAAGAAGCUAUCCACAAAGAGCUAAGCACCCUAAUAGGCUUUGGCACAUGGGAAUUGAAGCCCCGAAAAGAAGCCGAAGGAACGAUCUCAUCAACCAGAUGGGUGUUUGAUGUGAAGCUAGGCCUCGAUGGUCGAAUUGAUCGCUUCAAGGCCAGACUGGUUGUCAGAGGCAAUGAGCAAUCGGAUGAUGAUUUCGAUGAAACGUUCGCACCAGUAUUUCGGCUAGAUAGUCUGCGGAUUCUGGUGGCUAUAGCAGCCCUGUUCGGCUUGGAAGCACAUGUGCUCGAUGCUAUAAAUGCAUUCGCCGGUUCCGAUCUCGAUAAGCCUAAUUGCAUGGAAAUUCCAGAGGGACUGCAAGACUUUGAUCCAGAGGCUACUAGAGGUUUGGUUUUGGAGUUGAAGAAAUCACUCUAUGGCCUCCGUCAGUCUGCUAAUCUAUGGCAUCAAAAGAUUAGCAAUUUCCUGAAGAAUAUAGGCUUUAAAUCCAUCACUGCAGACCCUAGUAUUUUUCUCAACAGCAGGGGUCUGAUUAUCGCUGUGUAUGUAGAUGACAUAGUGAUAUUUGGCAAGGAUGUCAGGGACAUCAACACAGUGAAGCAGAAGCUCAAGGAGUUCCAUCCGAUGACUGAUUCAGGGUUAGUUAGGAAACUAUUGGGCAUUCGCUUCACAUGGGGAAGAGACAGGUCUAUACGGCUGGACCAGGAGCCCUAUGCACAGCAAAUUCUUGAGGAGUUUGGCAUGGCUGAUUGCAAGCCAGCAAGCACACCCAUUGGCCCAAGCGUUAAAUUGGAAACACCAGAUAGCUCACUGCUUGGACGAACUGAGCAUAAGCUAUUUCGGAGAUUAAUUGGGCGGUUGAUUUUCUUGGUGAUAGCCACACGGCCUGACAUUGCUUUUGCGGUCAAUCAACUGUCUCAAUAUCUCGCGGAGCCAAGGGAGGUUCAUUUGGCAGCAGCAAAGCAUGUGCUUCGAUAUGUUAAAAGCACUAUAGGCUAUGGCCUAACGUUUGGUGCAAAGGGGAGCCAAGGGUUAUAUGCAUAUGCUGAUUCUGCGUAUGCCAAUUCAGCAAAGAAUCGGUCAACUACUGGUUUCGUUUUCUCCAUUAAUGGGACGCCAAUCAGCUGGAUAAGCAGAAAACAAUCAGUCACUGCACAGAGCUCAACAGAAGCUGAAUAUAUGGCCGUGUCGGAAGCAGCCAAGCAAGCAAUUUGGAUUAGACAUUUCCUAUAUGCCAUAGGGAAAGGGUCUAUAUUUUGCAACGUUCCGACCACCAUUUAUGAGGAUAAUCAGGGCGCCAUAAAGAUCGCUGACAACCCGGUUGACCACCCGAAGACGAAGCAUAUAGCCGUACGAUAUCAUGCCAUUAGGGACCAUAUAGGCAAUGGAGAGAUCCAGCUUGCAUAUCUCCCUACCGACAAGAUGAUUGCCGAUGGCUUGACGAAGGCUGCCAACCACGUGAGUCAAGGGCGGUUGGUUGAGGACCUGGGCCUUGCUUAA